ACAGACAUGGAUUAUAAAUUCCCUGGUCAGCUUUUUCCCAACUUCUAUCUACCCGGACCACCGGAAUCGCAGCUGAGGCAUGGCUGUCGGAGUUCGGGAAUUUACGAGCAUGUUCUGGAGAGCAGUGCAGCGGCGUGUGAGAAUGUUGAACUGUCCAAGUUGCAGUUCGAAUCUCAGCAUAAGAUGCAGGGAGAGCGUUGGGCACCGGUUGAGCCCAUCAUGACGCCCCUAUUGUCCGCCAAUGAAGCUGGCAAUGUUCCUUCUGGUCCUCUCCCUAAUCCACUGGACUUUCCAGAACAGAUGCAGAACUUUUACCAAGAUCACUGUGUUGAUGCCUUUUCCACCAUGAGCAGCCUUGUGGGAGAGGAAUUCAAUUUUGUAAAGAAGAUGGGCGUCCGAAUGGACCAGAUGCACAGUUUUGUGAGCAUCUUGAACUAUAACCGGUGCCCAUUCACAUAUCGCAGAGAGAGAGUGCGGCGCUACUACAGAAUGUUUGGGGAUGUGAUGUGUGAUAUUCCUCCUGCUGUGCUGGCUGACUGUGUGUUUGAGGAACUGGCUUUUCAGAAGGAAAGAGAGCAGUUUCAGGAGUUGACAACAGGGGGCGCCAUAGUAUAUGUACCACUGUUAGACUUGGGCAGCAGGCCAGAGGGCUGCCUCAUCUACCCCAGAGGAGCAGCGCUGGACACUCUCAAUUUCCACAGGGUGGCACUAGGGCUUGAUGAAGCUGAUGCUCCCAAAGUGGAGUUGAGCAGAGAACCACUGACAUAUUCCCUGAAUGGAUCAGUUAGGCAGAUCAGCGUGGGGUUCACUGAAGGACCUGCUCAUGUAGGUGUGCGUUCAGAUCAUUUCUGUAGUGUGUGGAUUGUUGAAGAUGUAAGAAAGCCCAGACCAAAGGAAGUCAUUCAGACCAAAGAAACUGCAACCUGCCUCACAGUCAGUCCUCAUAUAAUGGGGGAGCUGCUCGUGACCAGUGAGAGUGGAGCUGCCCAUCUGUGGCGUAUGGGAAAAGGAUUACAGAAAGUCCGUGAGGAAGACUCCAACUUGUACUUCAAUGCCAAGUCCUCGUGGCGCUGGUGUGAAUUCUCGGCACAUCCCAGAGUGAUGGUGUAUGCUGACAGGACAGGGGCAGAGCUGACAGAUUUUAGGAGUCCUGAUUACAAUCAUACGCUAUUCCGUAUUGGGAAGACAGGACAGUGCCGGAGCGGGGAGAGAGUUAUCUUGACCAAAUACCUGAGUGAAGCUCAUGAACACCAUCACCUCAUCACAACUCAGUAUUCUGCCUACAUCAUGGAUGAGCGUUUGCCUUGUGUUCCCAUGCUGAAGUGGGACCACAUGAUGCAGUCCCCGCCUAUGUUUGUCAAUGUCCAAUCAGGAGCAUCUAGGGAUAGUACCUGCAAAAUUCUGCUGGGAGCUCAAAACUCUCAGGAGAUGAUUCUGCUGCAGUAUUCUGGUGGUAGAGAACAUGCAUGUCAGUCUAGAAGUUCUCCUUUAAAACUUAGCAGUCCAAGAGAAUCUCUCCGUCAGCUGCCAGUUCUGCUCCCACACAGACAACAUCGAGUUCAGCAAAGGCUGCAGUCCCCGGCUGCAGGCCUCUCUGCUGUUCAGAAUGAUGAUUUCCUGUAUGUGUUCCAACUCACUGAGGCUGGAGAUGUAUUCUACCAAACUCUCAGACUGCACUCAGACCAGACCAACAUCAGCGACGACAUACCAGAACAUGCCUCUGUGCUGACUGAUGUGGGGAACUCAGUUGAGACCGUAGACAAGUGCAAUACCACCUCCUCGAAGGACCCCAAGUUGUCUGACGGUGAUUUUGACGAGGGCAGAAGUCGGCAUGCAGCGUUGAGCCAGCUUGAUGACCCCUACCGUUCAGAUGUAUCCAACGUGGAACCAGAAAUGGGGGAUAGCCGUGGUGUUCAGGAACGUUCAAACAAUCUAGAAUCUUCCGGUCUGUCUACUGAGACAAACCCAUACUGCGCAACCGUACCAGCAAUCCCUGAGAAGACCAGCAAGAAGCUGCUUCCAAAAUGGGAAGAUUGGUUGAGAUCCUUCUUCAAGGUGACUCAAAUAAUACCGAAGGACCGCCGACCUCACUGGAUCUUACGAUCACAUGGCCUGCUGAGCGGUAACCUGAGUCAGGAGGUGGACCGUUUUCAUGAAUUAAGGGGAUUCCUCAAAGCCACUACGGAAAGAAAGGACACGUUGGUCCAUGCAGUCACACAUCUGCCCCGUCUGGAUGUGACCCCCAUCCCAGAUGAGGUGGACUUAUCGUCAUGGUUAGACGACGUUAGCCAGAGACUGAGCGUGUCUUGGGAAGGGGGCUGGAAAAGCUGGUGGGAGGAUAAACUGGGCAUGAACCGCCAAAAGAUUGAGGCCCUGCGUAAGAAACGCCGGCAGGAGAAGCAGGCCAGGGCGCGCAAUCGUGUCUCGCUUUUUGGAAGCUUCACCUCAUCCAUCAGCUAUCAGGACAACCUCUCAGGGUGGUCUUCGGCCACCAGUCAGGAACUUGGUUCAGAUUUUGACAGCUGUCCUGUUUCUCCAGCCCCACCGGAUCAGGGACUUUCUGAACUGGAUUUACCACACGGUAGUCCGGUUUCGGAGGGACUGGCUGUAUCGAAUCUAACACCACAGAGGAAAUCUGAAAAAGCUUCUACAAAUGACCAACAGAUAUCUAAGGACUCUCAAUCGGAGAGGGAUUUACAGCGUACCGUAACCACAGAGACAGACUCCGUGGCACCUUCCACGGCAGCUGGUUUAAAACCAACUCCUCAGAAAAGGCCCAUAUGGCAACAGCAAGAAUACCUCAGCUCUCUGUUUGGCUCUCAAGAACCCUCACAGGAUACUGGCCAGGAGAGCACCUUCUCACAACUUAGCGUUGCUUCCUCUAUUCAAAGUUUCUCCUCACUUUCCCAGACAGUCCCAGGGGUGAGACUUUCCAGGCUAAGCACCCAGCCCAAGAAGAAACGGUCCCGCAUGGGAUUCUGAAGACUGCAAGGAUGACAAUGAUGAGGACAUAUUUACCUCUCACUCUCGUCCCAGUGGGCUUCUGGGAUGGUGGGAAGCUCAGGGACACUAUAGUAGCUGCUGUGCAAAUUUUGAGCCGUUCUCCGGGACACAAUCCAGACCAGCUUUUUGUU